AUGUUCAGCAUCAAAGCGCGUGCUGUCGCCCUCGGCCUGAUGGCGUCCCUGGGGGCGGCCGAUACAGCUGGCCUGGGCGUCGGAGAAGUCGAUCUGAUUUUCCCACGAAACGAGACCUUUGCGCCGAUGACAAUCACGCCUAUCGUCUUUGGAAUUCAGAACCCCGAGGUCAUUGACGGACUCUAUCCAACUCUCAGCUAUGGCCUCUGGUCGACGGAUACCCCGGCAAGCAAUCGAACGCACAUGACCUAUCUGGCGGAGGAGCACUUGCCUAACAAGACGGGCCCUGUAUCCUUCAUCGUCGAUAGUAUAGCCAACACGCUCAACACCGAGAAUGAAUGGCGCUUUGUCUGGAGACUGAGAUGGACAAACUGCUCGACACCAGCUAAUGGAACCUCGUCCGAGAGUGGCCGUGGGCUGGUUGACACCGAUGAUUUCACUUGGAGGCCCUACGAGAUUGCCCACUCCGUUGUCUUCACGACGAAGAAGGGGGCAAACCAGCUCAAUCUCACCACUCUCACUGCCGAUGACAAGUGCGAUGAUGCCCAGGCUCUGGCAUUCCACGCUACCAAGACCCUCAAAGCACCAGCAAGCAACCUUUGGGGCGAGAAGUGCGCCGUACUGAAGAGUCCGUCGCCGACUCCUACUCCUUGCAAGGCUAGUAUCGCGCCUGCAGCUGCCUCAAGCAUAUCAUCCUCCCUUACUGCGAGAUAUUGCGCAGAUCCUACGCCUGUCAUAAGCUGUCCGGCCAAGAAGGGUGGGGCUUCGAUCAAUGAGGUGAAAUCUCACAUGAAAUGGUGGGCUGCUGGUGUUUUGCUCGUUGGAAGACUUUUCGUUUAG